AUGUCUGAAGACUGCCUGUCGCUGAACGUCAUCCGGCCGAGCGACUACAACGGAACAGAAGCUCUUCCUGUCGCAGUCUGGAUCCACGGGGGCGGCCUCUAUGCCGGUUCAUCCAGGGAAACCAACUUAACGAACUUUGUACGACAAGCCAGCGCCGCUCAGAAACCUUUGAUUGUCGUCUCCAUCAACUAUCGACUCUCAGCCUUUGGGUUUCUCUGGGGAUCCAAUGAGUUGACAGCCAAUGGUUCUGCGAAUAAUGGCCUCCGUGACCAAAGGUUGGCUUUGAGCUGGAUCCAAGAGAAUAUCGCCGCUUUCGGCGGAGAUCCACGCAAGGUCACAAUCUUUGGUCAGAGUGCGGGAGGCCUAUCCGUCGGUAAGCAUCUGAUUGCGUACGGUGGCAGGGACGACGGUCUGUUUCGCGGAGCAAUCAUGCAAAGUGGCGGUAUGGCAGAGAAGUGGCCAUACAACGUAAAGGAUCCCGUUGCGUACACCGAGGAUCUCUACCGAAACAUCACGGAAACAACGGGCUGCGCCGACAAGACCAGCCCGCUCGAGUGCCUCCGCAGUUUACCUGUCGAGUCCUUGUCCGCCGCUCUGAAUGUCAGCAACACACCUGUAUUCUCAGGUACCGGCCUUGGACCAUGGCUUACGCAAGUCGAUGGUGAUUUCCUCCAGGAUGGGCCGACCGCAUCUCUUGACAAGGGCCACUUCGUUCGUGUACCAAUUAUGUACUCGACGACAACAGAUGAGGCAACUGUCUUCAUGUUUGGUGGACCCAUUGACACCGACGACGACUUCAAAGCAUUUGUUGCGGCUGGCGGCCCAGACGAGACCACUGUGUCCAAGAUCGAGGCCUUGUACCCCAGUAAUACCACCGGACUCCCCGCAGGGUAUACUCCCUCAACGGAAGAUGUUCAAUUGUACGGCGCUCAGUGGAAGCGAGGGGUCAUGUUUCACACUGAUAUUGUCGAAACAACAUCACGACGAAUGACUUUGAAGGCCUGGGCUACUGCUGGACAAAAGGCAUACUCAGCUAGGGUCAAUCUCUUACCUCCUAGCACCACGGCCCGUUUAGGUUCGCAUCACUCCAUGGAUGUCAACUUCAUUUUCGCAAAUUUGGACGCCACCACGUCCAACCAAACACAAUUCGCGACAGCCUCCAAGCUCAUGAGCGGAGCUUGGGCGUCAUUCGUCUCGGAACUUGACCCCAAUCAUCACGGAGGUACGGUUACUUGGCAGGACUUCCUAUAUUGA